AUGGCAGAUUCGUCCAGCGAAUCAGACACCUUUCAUCGUAGAGUUGGGAGGCGCUGUCCUGUAAGAGCACCUUGCAGUAGAAUCCGAAAUCAUGGUGGUGAAGAUGUAACCGAGAAGAUCCAUACGCUAGCAAGCACUUUACAGGAUACCAACCGGAACCUGAAGCAGGUGGACCAGAUGCUGGGUCAGUACCGCGAGUACAACAGUGAACAGGCAGAAGCAAUUGCAAAUCUCAAAGAAACCUUGGAACAGUCUAUAGGCCAAUUAAGGAAUCAACGAUUAUUGAGAAACUCUGGAGUAAGAAGUGCAUCUCUUUCCAGUUUAUAUCCAAGUGACUUAGAUGGUGGAGCUUCAGAAACUCGUCAAUUCCAGCCUACCUCUCCUCUCAGGGAUUAUAGUGAGCCACUGGGCAUGCCACGUCGGAGGUCAAGGUCUGCAGUCCGGUUUGUUGACCAAGCUGCAAAUGUAAACCAGAUACACUCUUUGCACCAGUCGCUCAGAGAUCUCAGCAGUGAACAAAUUCGUUUGGAGGAAGAUCUCAGCAGAGAGCUUUCACGAAGAAAUCGAACUGAAGCAGAGACAAAAAGGGUGUUGGAGGAGCUGACUGAGAGACUUGGUGAUCCUCAAAGGCAGGAAACGGUGUCUGACCGUGUAGAGAGAAGGCUUCAGGAGGUAGAACGAGAAAUCCAUGCAGAAAGGCAGAUGGUAGAAAGACGCCAGGAUCAGCUGGGACACAUGUCGGUGCAUCUACAGGAGGCUUUAAAGCAACAAGAUACUAAAGUCAAUGAAGUGGAAAUCAUCUUGAAAAAUAAACUGCUGAAAACUGAAGAUGAAAAAAGUAAACUUGAGCAGGAAUUGGAGCACUCCCGGAGGAAACUGGAUCAGUCGGAAUACAGCCGAGAAGCCCUUCUCCGCCAGAUUGAGGAUCUCCGUUCCCAACUCCUUAGAGCAGAAGAGGAGCGUCUGAGUUUGCAGCACCAAAUUUCUCAGGUCGCCAUGCAUCACCAGAAGCACCCCGAUGAACAGGAGGAUGCCAGGAGGAAGCGCAGAGUUACCAAAAUGGCUGAUCAGGACAAACAAGAUAUGGAGAAACAGAUCUGGGAAUUGAGAGCAAAGCUCAGUCAUAGUGCUGUCAUGUCAGAGAUAGAGGAGUUAAAGCGAUGCAUUGAGCGCAAGGACAAAGAGAAGGCACAGCUUGGACUGAAAGUAGAGGUUCUGACAUCUGACUUGGAAAAGAGGGAGAACCAGCAGCAAAAGAUGCUGAGCCAGCUGAAGGAGAUCCAGAGCAACUACAAGGCCUGUGAAAACGAACGUCGAGCAGCUGAGCACCAGGUGGCUGAGCUGGCUCAGCAACUGGAAGAGUCUCUUAAGGAAGCAGAGAGGUAUCUUGCGGAAUUCAGGCAAUCUGAAGCACUCCGGCUAGAUAACGAAAAGAAGAAGGAGGAGUUAAAACUGAAAGCGCAGGAAUCCAUUAAACAUUGGAAGCUGAAAUGUAGAAAACUGGAACACGAAAUAGAAAAACAGACUGAGAUUCACUCCCAAUUGAUGGAGAAGAACAAUCUGGUCCUUAAAGAAAAGGAUGACUUGAAGGGUCAGCUUCUUUCUGCCAUGCACCAAAUGGAAAAUCUUCAAAAGGAGCUGAGUGAUGCACUUGAAAAGCGGGCCAAGCAAGAAGAGGAGCUGCACUGUAAAGACAAGAAGCUAAGUGAAGCCAGAUCUUGGCAGAUGGCUCUGGAACAAGAGCUCAGGGACGUCCGAGAAACUGCAGAUAAGCUAGACAGUGAACUGCAAAAGCUGAACCUAGCACAGAGCCAGAUGAGCAGUGAUAAACAACGUUUAGAAGAGGAGCUUGCAACUAUCAACAUGAUCCAUGAAAAAGACCAGGGAAGACUCUUGGAGAUGCAGGCUGUUAUAAAAAAUCUUAGUGCCAUUAGGGCUGAGCUGACCCACCAAAUAGCGGAAGAGGAAAAAGCCAAGAAGGAAAUGCGGAAGAACCUAAUGGAGCUCCAGAAACAGCAGGAGACCAGUCAGGAGGAUAUGACUGCAGCCAGCAAGCAGCAGAAGCUGGAGAGAGAUGUCCACCAGCAGGAGCUGGCAGAGCUGCAGUCAGAGUUGCAGUGGGCCAAAGCCAAACAUGACCAACAGGUUCAAGAGAUGAUGAAGCGCUUCAGUCAAGAAAAAGAGGAAACAACUUGUCACGUUGGAAAACUCAAGGCAGAACUGGCAGAAGAAAGAAAUUUUGUAAAAGCUCAGCGUCGACAGGUGGAAAAGAUGAAAAUCGAAUGCGAUAAAUUGACAGAGGAACUAACCCACAAGGAAGAAGACAAUGCAAAACUUAGGCGAAAAUAUCAGCUGGUGAAACAGGAACUGGAUGCCAAGGAUAAAAGGAUGAAUAAUGAAGAAGAUAAUCUAAGAAGGAUGGAGGAAGAAAGACUACGCCUUCACGAUCAGCUAUGUUGUCUUCAAAACGAACAGGAAUCCAUCCUCUCUAUGAUUGGAAGUGAAAUUGAUGCAUCUUGUGAAGUUUUCUCUAGGGAUUCGUUGGAAAAAUUCAAAGCAAUAUCACUUAUGCCAGGGGUACGGAAUGACCCUCAUCGGUGGUUAGCAGAAACAAAGACAAAACUUCAAUGGUUAUGUGAAGAAGCGAGGGAGAGGGAGGCCAAGGAGAAGAAGCUGCGGCGUAAUCUGCAGCAGUGCCGAGAACAGCUGAAGCACCUGACCUUGAGUAGAGAGUCGGAGCGUCACGCUCUCCUGGAUCAACUGGAAAAGCAGGAACAACUCCUGGACGAAGUGCAUCACGCAAAACGGGAUCUACUAGAGAAGACUCUCAGGAAGGAGGAAGAAAUAAGUGCCCUGCAGGAGCGAAUAGCAACAUUAGAAACAAGUACUCGAAUGGCCUUAGAUCACCUAGAGUCUGUCCCCGAGAAACUGAGCCUUUUGGAAGAUUUUAGAGAUUUUGGAAAUUCCCCUGAUCGGAUGGUUGCAGAGAGAUAUAGUAAAUAUAAGGAAAUCGUAGGCUCCUUGCAGCAGCAUCUGGAAGAUUCAAAGCGCAGACUCGAAGACUUCAGGGAUAAGAAAACCGAGGCUGACAUUUCUGCUUUACAUAGUGCAUCUUCUAACUGGCGAAGCAACACCAACUUUAUGUCCAGCUCCUUACUUUCCACUUCAGGGUGUAAGUAG